AUGAAAGAAAGAACUUCUGUUGAGUGCCCACAUUUAGAUCUUUCUGUUGAAGAAGCUGAGGAAAAUAGUAGUAAAUACCUGUGGCUAUUAACAGAUCCAGAUGAAUUUCCAAUGUUUAAACCCAGUGUAUGUACGGCCGACUGUAAAGAAAAAAUGGUAAAAAUAAUUGACAUUAUCCUUUUUAAACAUUAUAAAUUCUCAAGAGAUUACUUUGAAGAUUGCAAAAUGGUUUUUGGUCAAGGAGCAGAUGGUAUGAGCCUCGGUGAAUAUAUCAUGUAUUGA